AUGUGUAGACACUCUGGCGCAGACGUUCACUCGCAUGUGGACGUCACGAAGUCCCGCGAGGUGCUGCCCACCAACGUCAAGCCGCUCCACUACGACCUGACUCUCGAGCCGGACUUUGAGAAGUUCACGUACGAGGGUUCGGUGACCAUUGACCUCGACGUUGUUGAAGACAGCACCUCGAUCUCCCUCAACACCAACGAGCUCAAGAUCCACUCGACCAAGGUCACCGCCGGCGACAAUGUCAUCUCCAGCAGCCCCCGCGUCACAUUCGAUGAGGAGAAGCAGACGACGAAGGUUGACUUCGACCACACCAUCCCCGGCGGCAGCAAGGCCAAGCUCACCAUGACCUUCACCGGUUCCCUCAACGACGAUAUGGCAGGCUUCUACCGCUCGUCGUCGAAGGCUGCAGACGGCUCAGAUACAUGGCUGGCUACAACGCAGAUGGAGCCGACCGAUGCUAGGCGGGCCUUUCCCUGCUUCGACGAGCCGGCAUUGAAGUCGAAGUUCACAGUCACACUUAUUGCAGAUGAGAAGAUGACCUGCUUGAGUAACAUGGACGUAGCCUCGGAGAAGCAGGUGGAUUCCAAGAUCGUCGGCGGAAAGAGGAAGGCCGUGACCUUCAACCCCACCCCACUCAUGUCGACGUACCUCUUGGCGUUCAUCGUUGGAGAGUUGAACUACAUCGAGACCAAGGACUUCCGUGUCCCCGUUAGAGUUUACGCCCCUAAGGGUAGCGACAUCGAGCACGGCAGGUUCUCGCUCGACCUCGCCGCAAAGACGCUGAAAUUCUACGAGGAGACCUUCGACAGCUCCUUCCCUCUGCCAAAGAUGGACAUGGUUGCCAUCCCUGACUUCAGUGCAGGCGCCAUGGAGAACUGGGGCUUGAUCACUUACCGCACGGUUGAUGUCCUCAUCGACGAGAAGAAUGCUGGUGCUUCCACCAAGCAACGAGUUGCUGAGACCGUACAGCAUGAACUUGCGCACCAGUGGUUUGGCAACUUGGUUACCAUGGACUUCUGGGAAGGCUUGUGGCUUAACGAAGGUUUCGCAACAUGGAUGUCCUGGUACUCUUGCAACGUCUUCUACCCUGACUGGAAGGUCUGGGAGGGUUACGUCACCGACACCCUUGCGAGCGCGUUGUCUCUCGACUCGCUGCGGAGCAGUCACCCUAUCGAAGUCCCGAUCAAGAGAGCAGACGAAAUCAACCAGAUCUUCGAUGCCAUUUCGUACUCCAAGGGCUCGAGUGUCAUCCGCAUGAUCUCCAAAUACCUAGGCGAGGACGUCUUCAUGGAAGGCAUCCGCCGGUACCUCAAGAAGCACGCCUAUGGUAACACUCAGACUGGUGAUCUCUGGGCUGCUCUGUCUGAUGCUAGUGGCAAAGACGUGGAAAAGGUCAUGGAUAUCUGGACGAAGAAGGUUGGAUUCCCGGUUGUCAGUGUCACUGAGGAUUCCGACUCCAUCCACCUGAAGCAGAACCGUUACCUUCGCACAGGUGACGUCAAGCCUGAGGAAGACGAGACUCUUUAUCCCAUUUUCCUGGCUCUCCGCACUAAGGAGGGCGUGGAUGAGGAUGUGACUCUUUUCGAGCGUGAGAGGAAACUUAAGCUUAAGAACACAGAUUUCUUCAAGCUCAACGCCGAUCAUUCCGGCUUCUACCGUACCUCCUACACUCCUGAACGAUUGGAGAAGCUUGGUGCUGCCGCUAAGGAAGGGCUUCUCUCUGUCGAGGACCGCGCUGGUAUGAUCGCUGACGCUGGCUCAUUGGCUGCUUCUGGCUAUCAGAAGACAUCUGGCAUCCUAUCACUGCUUGACAGCUUCAAACAGGAGCCUGAAUACGUCGUCUGGUCUGAGAUCAUCACUCGUAUUGCCACACUGCGCGGCGCAUGGAUGUUCGAGGAUCAAGAAGUCAAGAACGCCCUAAAGGCUUUCCAGGGUGAGUUGUGUGGUAGCAAGGCACACGAAAUGGGCUGGACCUUUACUGAGAAGGACGGGCAUCUCGAGCAGCAGUUCAAGACUAUGAUGUUCGGUGCGGCUGGCUUUUCUGACGAGGCUAUCUCCAAGGCGGCGUUUGAGAUGCUGGAGAAAUUUAAGGCUGGCGACAAGAAGGCAAUCCACCCUAACCUUCGAGGCAGCGUCUACGCCAUCGUCUUGGACCAAGGUGGUAAGGCGGAGUACGAGAUCGUCUUGAACGAAGCCAUCAAUGCGGAGACCAGUGUCGAGCGCAACACUGCGCUGCGUGCACUUGGACGCGCCAAGUCUCCCGAGCUCAUCCAGCGCACACUUGAUCUCUCGCUCAGCAAGGAUGUCAAGACCCAGGACAUCUACCUGCCCUUGUCUGGCCUUCGUGGGCAUGUGGAGGGAUGCAAUGCGCUCUGGAAGUGGACAAAGGACAACUGGGAUGAGCUUGUCAAGAGACUCCCUGUGAGUCUGCCACUGUUGAGCUCUGUUGUCUCCAUCUCUACAUCAAGCUUCACACACCGCGAGCACAUCAAGGAGAUCGAAGGGUUCUUCAAGGACAAGAACACCAAGGGUUUCGACAUGUCGCUCUCGCAGGCUCUCGACAGCAUCAGCGCAAAGGCUGCUUGGAUCGAGCGUGAUUCUGAGGAUGUCAAGGCGUGGCUCAAGGAGCACAAGUACUUGUGA